AUUCGCUUCCAUUCGGUUUCGUGCCGGCGACAGCGCACGAUUUAACGGGCAACACCGGCGAAAACUGGCAGUGGGCUCUCCUACUCGUUACACGGUGCAAUAUUUAAAAACGUUUCGCCAGUCUGUGCACGGCAAGGGGUUGACGACGCCGAGGCAAUUGCUAUCGAUCCAGCGGAACGAGUGAUCGGAGGCAGAGGAACGACACGUCCGUCGACCAGACAGCACGAUGAACAAGGCGAGGCUGUUGUUCUACGAGAAAAAGUACGGCGAAUUCGUCCAGGCCCUACCGCCAACGCUCACGGGAAUGGUCGCGUUGAUCAAGUAUGGGAACGUCAUAGGCAAGAUGGAAAAGGUAAAGAGCAUUCUCCUGUUGAUCAAAAGGGACAAGGAACAGUACGAGGACCUGCCCGAGUCUCGAAUUCUCCCUAAAUACGAUCAGCAGGGAAGGCUGAUCGUUCGGAUCUUCGGAGGGUAUCUCACCCUCGCGAUACUGCUAUUCCUGUCGAUCCCGUUGCCAGAAAUCAUAAGGGACGCGAGGAACCUCGGGAACGUCACCGAGCCGAAAAUGCUGCACCCGAUGGAGUACAACAUCGACCAUUCUAAAUAUUACUACCAGAUCACGGUGCACGCUUACGCCGGGUCCGCCAUGAAGGUGUUCGUAAUCAUCGCGCUCGAUUCGUUCUUCAUUAUAGCCAUCCAACACUGUUGCCUGCUAUUCGCUAUCACAGGGUUUCAGUUGAAAACCGCUCACGUCUUGAAUGAGAGUAUCCUCUACCACGAGGACCAAUGGAAAGUCGUGAACGUCGGAAGAUUCACGACGCGAGAGCAGAGCCUCGUGUACCGGAAAGUUGUACGCCUUGUCGCGGGGCACAUGUCGGCCCUGGAAUACGUGUACCUUGUCCAGUCAACGUUCUCCUCGGCACUACUCUUUCAAGUGUUCCUCACCCUCGUAUGCAUGACCGUCAGCGCGGUGCAAAUAUUGCAGAACAUGAACAACUAUGACAUUGUACUAGGAAUGAAUCUCUGGUUGGUAGGCCAGAUAAUGCAUUUAUUCUUCCUCUGCUUCAAUGGACAAAGACUGUCGGACUAUAGCGAGAACGUCUACUACGAUGCCAUGGAGUGCGUGUGGUACACGUUUUGCGCGAAGAGUAAGGUCGUUUAUCAGUUCUUCGUUAUGAACACCAUCACGCCUCACCGGUUGGUCGCCAUGAAAUUGAUGGUGUUGGACAUGCAAACCUUUCAAGCGGUGAUGCGUCUGUCCGCCUCGUAUCUCACGGUGUUGUUAUCGGCGGUGUAGGUAACGUAGGAUGAGGAGCUCGUAUAGUUGUACGGUGUGUGCCGAGUAUGUAGGAACUAUAUUUGGGUAUCCAAUAAAUCGGU